GUUGAAAGCUCGCUAACGCAACGGUUGUCUAUUCCGAUCCCAGCGCUUUAUUGAAAUUGCUUAGCGAGCUAAAGCCCGGAUGUCGACUUCCUCAUUAUCCUUGCGCGCUAACCGUAUGCACUCAUGCAAAGCAGCAGCUGCAGAUAAGCUUAAAACACCUUACUUUUCGCUCGGCCCGGCGCCACGAGCGAUUUCUGUGCAGGCGAGCAAGACUCCGUCGGAGGUCCCUAGCCCAAAGCGAUUGGUGCGACCGAAGCCAGCGACCACAGCUCAGCAAGCGCAAGCGCAGGCGCCACCACCGCCUGUUUCGGCCGCUCAAGUCGCUGAGGCAUUCUCACGGGCAAGCGAUGCUAAGACGCGGGGAGAAAUUGUCGACGUCAAGGUGGUGGGGCAGAGUGAGCGAGGCCUAGUGGUGAUGUUUGGAGCUGUAAGAGGCUUCAUUCCUUACAGCCAGUUGGACCCCGCCCGGCUGCGCGCCAGCGGCAGCGGCGACCUGAGUGACCUGCUGGGGCAGCCGCUGAGGGCGCGAGUCAGCUCGGUUGACGCCUCCCGCAAGGAACUGGUGCUCAGCGAGCGGCAGGUGGCAGCGGUGGCGGCGCUGGGGGGCGUGAGGGAGGGCGACGUGCUGGACUGCGUGGUGACGGGCGUGGAGGACUAUGGCGCCUUCGUGCAGGUGAAGGGCAGCCCCGAGGUGUCUGGCAUGAUCCACAAGAGCGAGAUCUCCUGGGAGCGCAUCAUGACGGUGGACCAGGUGCUGGCGCCAGGUCAGGAGGUGCGCGCCAAGGUGCUGCGGGUGGACCUGCCCAACUGCCGCCUGAGCCUCUCCCUCAAGCAGAUGAGCGCCGACCCGCUGCGCAUGUCGCUGGAUGACCUGGGCUGGGAGCCGGCGGCCGCCAGCCCCGACCCACGGGUCCAGGCGCUGGUGGAGGCGCUGGGGCGGGCGCCGGGGGUGGAGGGCGUGGAGGUGACGCGGUGCGCGCAGGACCCCCACCGUGUCGCUCCCGAGCUGGAGCUCUACCUGGUCCGCAGCGAGGGAGAGGGGCGCUACACCGCCGUGGCGCGGCUGGGCGCGGCGGCCACCGAGCUGCGGCUGGCGGCUGCGGGUCUGAGCCGGGAGCAGGUGAAGCAGCUGCUGCAGCGGCUGGCGGCCAGGAGUGCGGCGGCGUGAGGCAGGG